GUUGUUGAUCCAACAACGCGGUGCGAGUGGCCGUCCGAAAGAUAUAGAGAGAGAGAGAGAGAGAAAAAACGUGAUUUCCUAAUUUUUUCUUUUCUUCAUUUUUCAUUUUCAUUUUUAUUUUUAUUUUCCCACUUUGCAAUCUAAGCUGGCAUUUAUUUUUUCCUUCUCUCCAAAACACACCAACACUCACCGUUUUGUUCUUGUUGUUUCGUUAGCUCCCCCCGCUUUCUAGGGCUGCGAACCACCGAAACAUUUUCCGAAAAAUUAGAAAAAAUUAGAUUGAUCGAAGAACAGCCAAAUUUAAAAAAAAAUUAAAAAAAAAUUAGGAGCAGGAAAACGAAACGCAGAGAAGAACUGAAUUGACAAAUCCAGAACCUGCGAAUCUCAAUCUGGUAGAUCUUGCUGCCAUUUUUGAUCGCAUUUGCUGCAGCUGGAAUUGCAGAUUGUUUCUUCCGUUUCGUUUUUGAUUUUUGUUUUGAUUUUUUCUCCGGAGGUGGUUGGUUUGAAUGGUGUUUUGGUCUUUCCCUUUUCGGAGGGAAAUCACAAUCGGAGGCUGUGGUAGGUAGUUGCUGGAUCUGGUGAAUGGUCAUCGGAUGAGAGAGGUGUUCAUAUGUUUCAAGGAUCGAAAGGGAGAACGAUGAAAUGGGUUACAUUGCUUAAGGACAUCAAAGAGAAGGUUGGCCUCACUCAAUCGCCAUCCUCUGCUACUCCUUCUGCUUCUCCUCCUCCUCCUUCCUCUUCUUCCCGCGAUAACAAUGUCUUCUCAGCUUCGCAAUCCUCUGCUCCGUCCCCUUCCAGGGACAAAUAUGAACUGGAAUUGGACUUCAAGAGAUUCUGGGAAGAGUUUCGGUCAUCCAGCUCUGAGAAGGAAAAAGAAGCGGCCUUGAAUUUGAGUAUAGAUGCCUUCUGUAGAUUAGUGAAGCAGCAUUCUAAUGUAGCUCAGUUAGUUACCAUGUUAGUUGAGACCCAUAUAUUCUCUUUUGUUGUGGGAAGAGCAUUUGUAACAGACAUAGAGAAGUUAAAAAUCAGCAGCAAAACAAGAUCUUUGGAUGUUGCUCAAGUUUUAAAGUUUUUCUCGGAAGUCACAAAGGAUGGCAUCAGUCCAGGAGCAAAUUUAUUAACAUCAGUGGGAAUCCUUGUCUCUGGGCCUAUUGACAAACAGUCUCUACUUGACUCUGGGAUAUUUUGCUGUCUCAUUCAAGUUCUCAAUGCCCUACUCAAUCCUGAUGUAAACAUUCGAAGGCCAAAUAGUGCAAUUGAUCAUGAAGAAAAACUCAUAUUACAAAAAGAUUAUGAUGGUGAAGUUGGGCAAAAUCGUCGACAUGAGGUAGAGGGAAGUGUUGUGCAUAUCAUGAAAGCUCUAGCAAGCCAUCCAUCAGCAGCACAGAGUUUGAUAGAGGAUGAUUCACUUCAGUUGCUUUUUCAAAUGGUUGCUAAGGGAUCUUUGAUUGUUUUUUCUCGUUAUAAGGAAGGGCUUAUUCCAUUGCACAGCAUACAACUUCACAGGCAUGCUAUGCAGAUACUUGGUCUUCUUUUGGUAAAUGACAAUGGAAGCACAGCCAAAUACAUCCGUAAGCAUCAUUUGAUAAAAGUUCUUCUAUUGGCAGUGAAGGAUUUUGAUCCUGAUUGUGGAGAUGCUGCCUAUACCGUAGGCAUUGUUGACUUGUUACUCAAGUGUGUAGAAUUGUCAUAUAGAGCUGAGGCUGCUGGUGUCAGACUUAGAGAGGAUAUACAUAAUGGUCAUGGAUAUCAAUUCCUGGUUCAAUUUACUCUAAAUCUGUCCAAUAUGACAAAAAAUCAGGGCUUUCAAUCUACUCAUUCUGAGACGUUUGAUGACCAAGAUAUUGCUUUAGAUGGAUCCCAAAAUAGCAGAGGACAAAAUUCCAAUGAACAAGAACAGUCCUCCAUUCAGUAUCUUUCACCCACAUUAUCUAGGUUGCUUGAUGUUCUUGUUAGUCUAGCUCAAACUGGACCAAAUGAGUCUGCACAUACUUAUGGAGGUAAGGGUUCUAAAUCUAUUCAGAACAAGGGUGGUGGUCAUAGCAAAAGUCGCACCUUAUCUUCUGAUUGGCUUGGUGAUGAAUUAUGGGAGAAGGAGAAUGAUAAAAUUAAAGACCUUGAAGCAGUUCAGAUGAUACAAGAUAUUCUCCUCAAAGCUAAUAGCUGGAAAUUGCAGGCUGAAGUAUUAAAUAGACUGUUUAAAAUUUUUUCAGGCCACAUAGAGAACUAUAAGUUGUGUCAGCAAUUACGAACUGUUCCACUUUUAAUCCUAAAUAUGGCUGGUUUUCCUUCCAAUUUGCAAGAGAUAAUCUUGAAAAUUCUUGAGUAUGCUGUGACUGUUGUAAAUUGUGUUCCUGAGCAAGAGCUACUUUCACUCUGCUGUUUGUUGCAGCAGCCAAUAACCUCAACAUUGAAGCAGACAAUACUUUCUUUCUUUGUAAAACUCUUGUCCUUUGACCAACAGUACAAGAAAGUUUUGCGAGAAGUUGGUGUUUUGGAAGUUAUGCUAGAUGAUUUGAAGCAACACAGGAUUUUGGGUCCAGAGCAACAAAAUUUUAACCCGGACCUGUUGGAGAGAAAAAAUAGCCCAAGCAAUUUCAAGAAACAUAUGGACAAUAAGGAUGUUAUUAUUACUUCACCAAAGUUUAUGGAAUCUGGUUCUGGGAAGUUCCCUAUUUUUGAUGUUGAAGAUACAAUUGCUAUUGCCUGGGACUGCAUGGUAUCUUUAUUGAAGAAAGCUGAGGCUAAUCAAGCUUCAUUCCGCUUAGCUAGUGGUGUGACUGCAAUAUUGCCUUUUCUAGUGUCUGAUGUACAUCGUUCAGGGGUUCUCAGGAUAUUGUCAUGUCUUAUAAUUGAAGAUACCUCACAGGUUCAUCCUGAAGAAUUAGGUGUGUUGGUUGAAAUUUUGAAAAGCGGCAUGGUUACUGGUGCUUCAGGAUCCCAAUACCGGCUUUCCCUUGAUGCAAAAUGUGACACUAUGGGAGCACUGUGGCGGGUCCUUGGAGUUAAUAAUUCUGCUCAGAAGGUUUUUGGUGAAGCCACUGGUUUUUCUCUUUUGCUUACAACACUCCAUGGGUUCCAAAGUGAUGGUGGGGACUUGGACCAAUCUUCAUUGAACGUUUACAUUAAGGUGUUUACAUACUUGUUGCGUGUUGUAACUGCUGGAGUAUCUGACAAUGCUGUUAAUAGAAUGAAGUUGCAUGCAAUUAUAUCAUCACAAACUUUCAUUGAACUUCUUAGUGAGUCUGGCUUAUUGUGUGUGGAGCAUGAAAAACAAGUCAUCCAGUUGAUGUUGGAACUUGCCCUUGAAAUAGUGAUUCCUCCUUUCUUAGCAUCAGAAGGUUUGAUAAAAUCAAAUGGAACUGAGAAUGAGUCAUCUCAUAAUCUUUUAUUGAGUCCAUCAGGUCCAAUUAAUCCUGAUAAAGAGCGGGUUUACAAUGCUGGUGCUGUUAGAGUUCUGAUUCGUUCACUGUUGCUGUUUACUCCCAUGGUGCAGUUACAACUUUUAGAUUUGAUUGAAAAGUUGGCUCGUGCUGGUCCCUUCAACCAGGAAAGCCUCACGUCCAUAGGUUGUGUGGAACUUUUGCUGGAAACAAUCCACCCAUUUCUUCUGGGUUCGUCUUCUUUACUUUCUUAUGCAUUGAAAAUUGUGGAAGUCCUUGGUUCUUACAGGCUAUCUGCAUCGGAACUUCGUAUGCUCCUUAGAUAUGUUCUGCAAAUGAGGAUGAAAAACUCAGGUCAUAUAAUUGUUGAAAUGAUGGAAAAAUUAAUUCUUACGGGAGAUAUGGCCUCAGAAAAUAUUUCUCUAGCACCAUUUGUGGAGAUGGACAUGAGCAACAUUGGGCAUGCUGCUAUUCAGGUUUCCUUGGGUGAAAGAUCAUGGCCUCCAGCCGCUGGUUAUUCAUUUGUUUGUUGGUUCCAGUUUCGUAAUUUUUUAAAAUCACAAUCAAAAGAAUCAGACAUUUCAAAAUUUGCCUCUUCCAAGAAGCGCUCUGGUUCAAGUGGAUUGCAUGAGCGGCAUAUCUUAAGGAUUUUUUCGGUUGGUGCUACUAACAAUGAUAAUGCAACCUAUGCAGAACUUUAUCUCCAGGAGGAUGGUGUUCUAACCCUAGCAACCAGCAACUCUUCCUUCUUAUCAUUUUCCGGUUUAGAACUUGAAGAAGGAAGGUGGCAUCACCUUGCAGUCAUUCACAGCAAACCAAAUGCUCUUGCUGGGCUGUUUCAAGCUAGUUUUGCGUAUGUUUAUCUAAAUGGAAAGCUAAGACACACUGGGAAAUUAGGAUAUUCUCCAUGCCCACCUGGUAAACCAUUGCAAGUCAGUAUUGGGACAUCAGUUGGAAAUGCUAGAGUUAGUGACUUGACGUGGAAACUACGUUCUUGCUAUCUUUUUGAGGAAGUGCUUACACCAGGCUGUAUUUGUUUUAUGUACAUACUUGGUAGAGGAUAUAGAGGUCUCUUCCAGGACACAGAUCUUUUGCAAUUUGUACCUAACCAGGCCUGUGGUGGUGGUAGUAUGGCCAUAUUAGAUUCUUUAGAUGCUGAUUCGACUUUGGCUGCAAAUGGUCAGAGACUGGAUGUUACCAGCAAGCAGGGAGAUCUAAAAGCAGAUGGGAGUGGAAUUGUUUGGGAUUUGGAGAGACUUGGAAACCUUUCUUUACAGCUUUCAGGAAAGAAACUUAUUUUUGCAUUUGAUGGAACUUCUACGGAAUUCAUUCGAUCGUCAGGUAGCUUUUCAAUGCUCAAUCUGGUUGAUCCUAUGUCGGCUGCUGCCUCUCCUAUUGGAGGUAUUCCACGUUUUGGACGUCUCUGUGGAGAUAUUUAUAUCUGUAAGCAAGGUGUGAUUGGAGAGACUAUCCGCCCUAUUGGUGGGAUGGAACUUGUUCUUGCUCUUGUUGAAGCAGCAGAAACAAGGGAUAUGCUGCACAUGGCCCUAACUCUACUUGCCUGUGCGCUUCAUCAAAAUCCUCAGAAUCUUAAGGACAUGCAAACUUAUAGGGGCUACCAUCUGCUUGCGCUUUUUCUGCGUCGUAGAAUGUCAUUAUUUGACAUGCAAUCUCUUGAGAUCUUCUUUCAAAUUGCUGCUUGUGAAGCUUCUUUUUCUGAACCAAAAAAGUUCGAGAUUACUCAUACUACUUUGUCUCCUUCUGCAUCUCUGCCUGAAACCAGUAUUGAGGAUCAUUUUUUGUCAAAGUUUAAUGAUGAUAAUUCUUCAAUUGGAACUCAUGGGGACAUGGAUGAUUUCUCUGUGCAAAAAGACUCAUUUAGUCACAUUUCAGAGCUGGAAAAUACUGAUGUUGCUGCUGAAACUUCAAAUUGCAUUGUCUUGUCAAAUGCAGACAUGGUUGAACAUGUUUUAUUGGAUUGGACAUUGUGGGUAACUGCCCCAGUUUCAAUCCAAAUUGCAUUACUUGGAUUUCUUGAAAAUUUAGUUUCCAUGCAUUGGUAUAGAAAUCAUAAUCUUACAAUUUUGAGGCGAAUUAACCUUGUUCAACAUUUACUAGUGACGUUGCAAAGGGGUGAUGUUGAAGUUCCCGUCCUUGAAAAACUGGUUGUACUGCUUGGGGUCAUUUUAGAAGAUGGAUUUCUAUCUUCCGAACUUGAAAAUGUGGUUAGAUUUGUGAUUAUGACAUUUGAUCCACCGGGGUUGACUCCACAGCGCCCAAUUUUGAGAGAAUCAAUGGGUAAACAUGUAAUUGUCAGAAAUAUGUUACUAGAGAUGUUUAUUGAUCUACAAGUCACUAUUAAAUCUGAAGAGUUGCUUGAGCAGUGGCAUAAAGUUGUUUCCUCUAAAUUAAUUACAUAUUUUCUUGACGAAGCAGUUCAUCCCACAAGUAUGAGAUGGGUCAUGACUCUACUUGGUGUGUGUCUUACUUCCUCUCCAACAUUUGCUCUUAAAUUUCGUACUGGUGGAGGUUAUCAAGGUUUAGUUCGGGUGUUACCCAGUUUCUAUGAUUCCCCAGACAUCUAUUAUAUUUUAUUUUGCUUGAUAUUUGGCAAGCCAGUUUAUCCAAGGUUACCAGAGGUGCGCAUGUUGGACUUUCAUGCCCUUAUGCCGAGUGAUGGAAGUAUAACAGAACUGAAGUUUGUAGAGUUGCUGGAUUCUGUGAUUGCUAUGGCCAAAACCACUUUUGAUAGAGUAAGCAUGCAGUCAAUGCUUGCUCACCAAACUGGUAAUCUUUCCCAGUUUGGUGCAAGCCUUGUGGCUGAGCUUGUAGAGGGAAAUUCAGACAUGGCUGGUGAGCUUCAGGGGGAAGCUUUGAUGCACAAGACAUAUGCUGCUCGCCUUAUGGGUGGAGAGGCUUCAGCCCCUGCUGCUGCAACUUCAGUUUUAAGAUUUAUGGUUGAUCUGGCUAAGAUGUGCCCCCCUUUUACUGCUGUUUGUAGGCGUGCAGAAUUUCUGGAAAGCUGCAUUGACCUAUAUUUUUCUUGUGUGAGGGCUGCACAUGCUGUUAAAAUGGCUAAAGAACUUUCUGCAGUGACAGAAGAGAAAACCUUGAAUGAUUGUGAUGAUACAUGCAGUUCCCAUAAUACAUUUUCUAGCUUGCCUCUGGAUCAGGAUCAGUCUGUCAAAACCUCCAUCAGUGUUGGGAGCUUUCCUCAAGGGCAGGUCAGUACAAGUUCUGAUGAUAUGGCUGCGCCAUCAAACACUCUGGCUGGUGAGAGAUCACAGACUAAUCUCACUGUAUCUGAGCUGGAGCCAAAUAAAUCUAUCCAUGAAGAUAUGCAAACUGUACAGAGCUUGGAUGGUGAUAAUGCUGAUCAAGGCUCUGUUGCUUCCAGUGCACAUGAGUUCACCUUUCACAGUAUCAAAGGCAAUUUGGAAAUUCUCCAACUGACAGAUUCUCAGAGUUCAGCAUCUUUUGCUGCACUGGAUUCUCCCGAUUUUUCAGAAAAGUCCAGUUCUAGAAUUCCGCUUACACCUUCUUCAACACCAGUUGUUGCAUUGACAUCCUGGCUGGGAAGUGCAAAUCACAAUGAAGCAAAGUCUCCCUUAACUGCCACUCCUUCUUUUGAUUCUUCCAUGUCUGCUGUGGAAUUUGAUUCAUCUUCAAAUCCAAAGUCUAGUUCUCAAGUGCCAUCUUCGGAAAAUGCUUACUUUACUGUAACCUCAAAGCUGCUUUUGGACAUAGAUGAUUCUGGAUAUGGUGGCGGCCCAUGUUCUGCUGGAGCUACUGCUGUGUUAGAUUUCAUUGCAGAAGUACUCUCUGAUUUUGUGACAGAGCAGGUCAAAGCAUCACAGCUCAUAGAGAACAUCUUGGAAAGUGUUCCUCUAUGUGUUGAUGGUGAGUCUGUGUUAGUUUUCCAAGGCCUAUGCCUCAGUAGAUUUAUAAACUUUCUUGAAAGGCGACUGUUACGAGAUGAUGAAGAAGAUGAGAAAAAAUUGGAUAAGAUUCGCUGGUCAUCAAAUUUGGAUGCUUUGUGCUGGAUGAUAGUGGAUCGGGUGUACAUGGGUGCUUUUCCUCAACCUUCAGCAGUACUGAAAACUCUUGAGUUCUUGUUAUCGAUGUUGCAGUUGGCAAACAAGGAUGGUAGAAUUGAAGAAGCUGCUCCUGCUGGAAAGAGGCUCUUAUCAAUUUCAAGAGGAAAUAAGCAGCUAGAGGCUUAUAUCCAUUCAAUUCUUAAGAACACUAAUCGAAUGAUAUUGUAUUGUUUCCUCCCACCAUUCUUAGUCAGUAUAGUGGAAGAUGAUCUUCUUUUGCGGUUGGGUUUGCUUACUGAACCUAAAAAGAAAUCGUCCUCAACUUCCUGUCAAGAGGAUUCAGGAAUUGACAUAAGCACAGUCUUGCAGUUAUUGGUUGCUCAUAGAAGAAUUAUAUUCUGUCCCAGCAACAUCGAUACAGAUCUUAAUUGCUGUCUGUGUGUGAAUCUGAUAUCGCUUCUGGGUGAUAAAAGACAAAAUGUACAAAAUAUUACCAUUGAUGUAUUCAAGUAUCUUCUGGUACAUAGGAGAGCCGCAUUAGAAGACUUGCUUGUUUCUAGACCUAAUCAGGGGCAGCAGCUUGAUGUGCUCCAUGGUGGUUUUGAUAAGUUAUUGACCAGAAGUUUAUCUGAAUUUUUGGAGUGGUAUCAAAAUACUGAGCAGGUUGUGAAUAAGGUAUUGGAGCAGUGUGCUGGCAUUAUGUGGGUGCAGUAUAUUGCAGGAUCGGCAAAGUUUCCAGGAGUAAGAAUCAAAGGCAUGGAAGGUCGUCGUAAGAAAGAAAUGGGAAGGAAAUCUCGAGAAGCUGCAAAAUUGGAUUUAAGACACUGGGAACAGGUAAAUGAGCGAAGAUAUGCGCUGGAUUUAGUUCGUGAUGCAAUGUCCACUGAGUUAAGAGUUGUUAGGCAAGAUAAGUAUGGAUGGAUUCUACAUGCCGAGAGUGAGUGGCAAUGCCAUCUACAACAACUUGUUCAUGAACGAGGGAUAUUCCCACUAAGUAAAUCCUCUUUCACUGAAGAGCCAGAAUGGCAGCUUUGUCCCAUUGAAGGUCCGUAUCGAAUGCGGAAAAAACUUGAAUGCUGCAAACCUAAAAUUGAUACCAUACAGAAUAUUCUUGAUGGACAAUUUGAAUUAGACAAACCAGAGUUGUCUAAAGGAAAAAUUGAAAAUGGUCCUGAUGCAUCAGAGUCAAAACCUUAUUUUCAACUGUUGACUGAUGGUGGCAAGCAGAAUGGUUCUGAUGGUGAGCUGUUUGAUGAACCUUUCUUUAAUAAGUUGGAUUGUGUCAAGGAUGCUGUUUUUGAUAAGAAUGAAUGGAAUGAUGACAAGGCAAGUAGCAUGAAUGAAGCAAGCCUCCAUUCAGCACUUGAGCUUGGUGCCAAAUCUAGUGCAAUAUCUGUCCCAAUAGAAGAAAGCACACUUGGAAGAUCUGAUAUGGGAUCUCCCAGGCAAUUUUCUUCAACGAGAACUGACGAUGUUAAGAUUGCUGAUGACAAAUCUGACAAAGAACUGCACGACAAUGGUGAAUACUUGAUUAGACCUUUUCUGGAACCAUUUGAGAAAAUACGAUUUAAAUAUAACUGUGAACGGGUUAUGGGCCUUGACAAACAUGAUGGCAUAUUCCUGAUAGGUGAAUUCUGUUUGUAUGUGAUUGAGAACUUCUACAUUGAUGAUUCUGGUUGCUUUUGUGAGAAGGAAUGUGAAGAUGAGCUUUCAGUUAUUGAUCAGGCUUUGGGUGUCAGGAAAGAUAUUACUGGCAGUGUGGAUUUUCAAUCCAAAUCAACUUUGUCAUGGAGCACACCAGCUAAAUCAUUGGUUGGGGGAAGGGCAUGGGCCUAUAUUGGUGGGGCAUGGGGUAAGGAGAAAAUACAUAAUGGUGGAAACUUACCUCAUCCUUGGCGUAUGUGGAAGCUUGAUAGUGUUCAUGAGAUUUUGAAGCGUGAUUACCAGCUUCGUCCUGUUGCCAUUGAAAUAUUUAGCAUGGAUGGAUGUAAUGAUCUCUUGGUUUUCCACAAAAAAGAGAGAGAAGAAGUUUUUAAAAAUUUAGUUGCCAUAAAUCUGCCUCGCAAUAGCAUGUUGGACACAACUAUUUCAGGAUCCUCCAAACAAGAAAGCAACGAGGGUAGUCGUCUUUUCAAGAUAAUGGCAAAAUCCUUUUCAAAAAGGUGGCAAAAUGGAGAAAUAAGCAAUUUCCAGUACCUCAUGCAUCUUAACACCUUGGCAGGACGUGGAUAUAGUGAUCUUACCCAAUAUCCAGUCUUUCCAUGGGUCCUUGCAGAUUAUGAGAGUGAAAAUCUUGAUUUUUCCAACCCGAAAACAUUUCGCAGGCUUGAUAAACCAAUGGGCUGCCAGACACCUGAAGGUGAAGAUGAGUUUAAAAAAAGAUAUGAGAGCUGGGAUGAUCCGGAGGUCCCGAAGUUUCACUAUGGAUCUCAUUAUUCUAGUGCUGGAAUUGUCCUAUUCUAUCUUCUCCGCCUGCCCCCAUUCAGUACAGAGAAUCAAAAACUUCAGGGUGGCCAAUUUGAUCAUGCUGAUCGUCUUUUCAAUAGCGUAAGGGACACUUGGUUAAGUGCUGCUGGGAAGGGAAACACUUCUGAUGUGAAAGAAUUGAUUCCAGAAUUUUAUUACAUGCCCGAGUUCUUGGAAAAUAGAUUCAAUCUUGACUUGGGAGAGAAACAGUCUGGCGAGAAGGUUGGGGAUGUCAUCCUACCUCAAUGGGCCAAAGGUAGUGCUCGAGAGUUCAUUAAUAAGCACAGGGAAGCUCUUGAAUCAGAUUAUGUCUCAGAAAAUUUGCAUCACUGGAUAGACCUCAUUUUUGGAUAUAAGCAAAGAGGGAAGGCUGCUGAGGAAUCAGUUAAUGUGUUCUAUCAUUAUACAUAUGAAGGGAGUGUAGACAUAGACUCAGUUACUGAUCCUGCAAUGAAAGCAUCCAUUUUAGCACAAAUUAAUCAUUUUGGGCAGACACCUAAACAACUGUUCCUCAAGCCCCAUGUGAAAAGGCGAACUGACCGAAAACUUCCUCCUCAUCCCCUUAAACAUUCCAGUCAUCUUGCUGCACAUGAGAUUCGCAAAAGCUCUUCACCAAUUACUCAAAUUGUCACUCAUAAUGAUAAGGUUCUCAUAGCUGGAACUAACCAUUUGCUUAAACCAAGAACAUAUACCAAAUAUGUUGCUUGGGGUUUUCCUGAUCGUAGUUUGAGAUUUAUGAGCUAUGAACAAGAUAAACUUCUUUCAACACAUGAAAAUUUACAUGGAGGUAAUCAAGUUCAGUGCGCUAGUGUUAGCCAUGAUGGUCAGAUUCUGGUUACUGGGGGUGAUGAUGGACUAGUUAAUGUAUGGAGAGUUAGCAAGUUUGGGCCCCGAGCCUUACGACACUUGAAGUUGCAGAAGCCACUUUGCGGUCACACAGCCAAAAUUACGUGCCUUCAAGUUAGCCAGCCCUACAUGCUUAUUGUGAGUGGAUCGGAUGAUUGCACUGUUAUUAUAUGGGAUCUCAGCUCCAUGGCAUUUGUGCGGCAGCUCCCAGAAUUUACAGCGCCAGUUUCAGCAGUAUCUGUUAAUGAUUUGACCGGAGAGAUUGUUACAGCAGCUGGUAUUCUUCUGGCUGUCUGGAGUAUAAAUGGGGAUUGCCUGGCAAUGAUCAGAGCAUCACAACUGCCAUCUGAUUCCAUUCUCUCAGUGACAAGCAGUACAUUUUCUGAUUGGUUGGACACAAAGUGGUAUGCAACAGGUCAUCAGAGUGGAGCUGUCAAGGUGUGGCAGAUGGUUCACUGCUCCAAUCCAGAUAGCUCCCUUAGCAAAUUUGGUUCUAGUGGGAUAAAUCUUGGUGCAAAAGAACCAGAAUACAAGUUGGUCCUGCGCAAAGUGCUCAAGUUCCAUAAACAUCCAGUUACUGCCCUUCACCUCACAACCGACCUGAAACAGUUUUUGAGUGGGGAUUCAGACGGGCAUUUGCUUUCCUGGACACUGCCUGAUGAAAGUCUGCGAGGUUCAUUGAAUCAGGGGUGACACUGGUAAUGAGGGUUCGUUCUGCUGACUUCAGCUUUUUGCCAGCCUUUAAUUGUUGAAUCCUAACAUUGGCUUCUGAGUGGAUCUCAAUUGUAGAAAGAUGGAUUCAUGUUGAUAAUUGGAGAGAAUUGCAAAAGAAUGCUGGCCAGAUUGAAACAGAGCAAACAAGGUUGUAAGAGAAAAGAUGCGAGCACAACUAAGAUAUGCGUGUAAGAGUACAAGGAGUUCACUUGGUGAGUGAAGCAUCUGUGAUGAAAGACGGAUUGUAGGUGGAAAAGGAGAAAGCAAAUGUUGCCCGCGGUCUUGUAUUUUGGGUGACUGGCGGCGAAUAUUUUGAUUUUGCCAGAGAAGUCUACUGUUUUUUCUUUGAUGUAAAUAUGUGAUUGUAGUGUGUAAUUAAGUUGUAUAGUAAAAGGCUAGUGGUGAAAUGGAUUGUGAUUGCAAUGAUAGGCCCAAUAUGAGGUAUGGUCGUGGGAAUGGGAUGAGUGCAAUCCUUUCUCGGAAAUUCUUUUUCCAUUGGGGCAUUUCUUUUAUUGAGCCCCUCAAAGAAAACAAGGAAAUUGCCUGUGAUUUGUACAUUUUUUCUGAAUAUUCCUCCCAUUUAGUUAUUUGCUUCUUGGCUGGCUCGCCUUUUACAUUUGCAGUCUAGGAAUAGGAUCAAUGUAUUUGUAAUCGUAAUUUAAAAAGUUGCUUGCUUUCUCA